AUGGGAUUAUCACCAACUCAACGGCGCUGGGGUCGGCUGGCCCUCGUGCUUGUUGGAACUUGGGCCAUUAUCUAUAGAUUCUGGCCAGUCUCACACGAACAUCAUUUUAUUGGCCAUCCCCAGCAGGUUUGGGACGACAUUGCAGCCAUUGAAAACCAGACAUUAGGUUUCGGCAAAGUAUUUGCCAUAAAUAUGGCCAGUCGACCUGAUAAGCGUGACAAUAUUGAAUUGGGUUCGUCGGUCUGCGAUUUCUUCGUCGAUUGGAUCGAUGGCGUACUCCCAGAAGAGAUCAAUCCUACAAUUUAUCCAUAUAAUUGGGAUAAGGAUAGACAGAAGAGCGAAUACGCGGCCCGUCGGGCGCAUGUGAAUGGGAUGAGACGCGUUGUCGAGGAUAGGAUUGGAAGCGCAAUAAUAAUGGAGGAUGAUGCUGACUGGGAUGUGAACAUCAAAGCACAACUUCAAAACUUCGCUUUGGGAUUGCGGGAAAUCCAAAGAACAACUGAUAUACCAAGUGCCUCACCAUAUGGCGAUGACUGGGAUGUACUCUGGCUAGGCCAUUGCGGUAUAGAAUGCAGGACCGACCUUCCCUUCUACGAAACACCGAAUGACUUGACUGUACCUCAACCCCGCCAUUUUCUUCCCUAUUUUGGUAGUGUCCCUCGCUUCGAGCGACCAGAUCACGCCAGAUUGACUUGUGCUAUUCGAGACGGCAUAUGCACAAAUAUGUAUGCCGUGAGCUAUCAAGGUGCCCAGCGCAUUCUAGCCGCGCUGUCGGUGAAUCCUUCCGGUCUUGCCGAGGAUAUUGAUAUUGGUGGAGCAUUCGACGUAUCUCUAGGUGCCAUGUGUAAUAAUGGAUAUCUACGCUGCUUUGCCACCUAUCCGGCUUUGACUGGGACAUUUCGAUCUGCCGGAGCCUCAGAAAAGUCGUCUGACAUCAACGACGUGAAAGGCGAAGCUGUGGGAUUUGAAAGUAGAGGAGUACUAUAUAGUACCAUGCUGAACGUGAAGCAAAUUCUUCAUCAACAGCCUGUACGCGCAACUUGGAACGAUGUUGAGAGACCAUUCAUUGAAUCGGAUAUGAUAACGAUCGGAGGAGGUUCAAUUUACAUGGUUCAGUUCGCUGCUGACAAGCAGCCACGGCCAUAG